CAGCCCAAAUAAAAAGCCUUAAAAUAACCAAAUCAUCCCAAAACGAAACCCUAAUCCCCAAAAUUUCUGAGCUGCUGCUUUUGAAACCAAAAGAAAAAAGAGAAGGAAAAGGAAGAUUUUCUAAUUUGCCAUGGCGGACAAGGCAGUGACUAUUAGGACAAGGAAGUUCAUGACCAACAGGCUCCUUUCCAGGAAACAAUUUGUCAUUGAUGUCUUGCAUCCUGGGAGACCCAAUGUUUCCAAGGUGGAGCUGAAGGAGAAGCUUGCUACAAUGUAUGAGGUCAAGGACCCAAAUUCGAUCUUUGUGUUUAAGUUCAGGACUCAUUUUGGAGGUGGUAAAUCUACUGGAUUUGGUUUGAUUUAUGAUUCGGUCGAGAGUGCAAAGACGUAUGAACCCAAGUACAGGCUGAUCAGGAAUGGACUUGAUAAGAAGGUGGAAAAAUCAAGGAAGCAAAUGAAGGAACGGAAGAACAGGGCUAAGAAGAUCCGCGGAGUGAAGAAGACCAAGGCCAGUGAAUCAGCAAAGAAGAAGUAAGCUAGAAAGUUGGGGAAAAUAGAAACGGCUGAGAAUGUGCUCAUCUUAACCCAAUGUUUGUCGACGGCAAUGCUUAACUUGUCCAAAGGUUUUAGGUGUUCUUAAAACCUGCAUUUUCAAGGAACUUGAGUUUGGUUGUUAUUAUAUCUUAUUUAGUAGUAUCUGAUUAUCAUGCUUUGAAAUAUUCAGUGUGAUGUAACUUUUUUCCUUAUAAUAUAGAAAAUAUGUUAUAGCUA